UUGAUGCACACGGCUGGCAGUCUGAAAGAAAUCGCACCCCACACCCACGGGGGGGGCUCCAGCUGGGUUUAUAACCCUUGGUUUAUAAGCCUCAAUGCCAGGGGCUGUCUUCUCUGCUGGCUGGAGGCUGGGCUGACUGUCCCGACCCAGGGCUCAUGUGGGACCCGAUCAUGUGGGGGCUCUACUCCCAGCUGGCCAUGCUGCUGCUGCUACUGGUGCCGCCGUCCCCAGCGCAUGAUGCUGAGGAGAGUCAAGACGAGCCAGUGUUCAGCCAUAUCAUAGGGGGGCAGGAUGCCCAGAAAGGUCGAUGGCCCUGGCAGGUCAGUGUGCAAAAAUACGGAGACCACAUCUGUGGAGGAUCCCUCAUCUCAGCCCAGUGGGUGGUGUCAGCUGCUCACUGCUUCAAUCCCUCUCUCCCUGACUCUGUGUAUCGCAUGCACCUGGGAGAGUACCAGCUGUCCAACCCAACCGGGAGCUCCUACCCCGUGCAUUGCAUCGUCAUCCAUCCCGACUACAACCAGAACACGUCUGUCGCCGACAUCGCCCUGGUGCAGCUGACGAAACCUGUCACCUUCACGGACACCAUCCACUCCAUCUCCCUGCCGGUCCCCUCCAUCCCGUUCCCAGCAGGGGAAAUGUGCUGGGUCACGGGCUGGGGCAGCAUCGGAUGGGGCUGUGGCGAUACACUGAAGCCGCCCAAGACCCUUCAGGAGCUGCAGGUUUCCCUCAUCGCUGCAUCGACCUGCAGAGAACACAUGGGGAAAUGCAGCCACCAGAUCAAAGACGACAUGCUGUGCACUGGGUCCAGAGGUGACCCUAGUGGCCCCUGCAAAGGUGACUCCGGGGGGCCUCUGGUCUGUCCAAGGAAUGGCAACUUUGUCCUGGCUGGGAUCGUCAGCUGGGGGAUUAACUGCACAGCCUCCACACCCAGGCCAGAGGUGUACAUCGGGGUCCCAGGCUAUGUCAACUGGAUCCAGAAUGUCAUGAGUAGCACUGGCCCCUCGGCCAUCUCUCCUGUCCCAUUGGAGUCCCUAAGCAAUGGCUUAGUCGCGCCAGCUCUGGCUGCACCUCUCCUUGCUGGGCUCCUGCUGACGGGCCUGUGACCUGCCCCAUUGCCAACCCCCCCAGCGCAGAUAACAUGGAAGCAGAACCCCCCUCCUGAGCAUGAGCUGCAGAGAGAGCAGAGCUGGCAGCCCCCCACCAGCUGGGGUGUGUAUAGACCCCCCUUAGCACUGGGUGCGGGCCCCAUGUUGCUGGGGUCUGCAGAACGUGGCUGGGAGAGGCUGGUGGAUGGAAGAACAGGGGUGCUAUAGGGGUGGGGAGGGCAGGGGCGGGGGGUUAUAUCCAGCCCUUCCUGCAGCUCUGCAGCACCCCCUUGGGUGACUGGGAAGUCAACAGGGAAGGGCCCCGUAGCCACUCUGAUCUCAGGACUUGUGCUCUGAAAAUCGUCAAUAAAUCGGCUUUGCAAA